GGGGGCGUUCAACCUAAAUGCUCUUUAUACAAGUGUUGUUGGGUGUUUUCUUCCAACUUCAUUCAAGCAGUGCAGUUUCUAAAGACAUUUUUAUGUAGGUAGUUUGUGUUCAACACUUUAGAGAUGUGUGCAUAUCUAAUAUAAGUUACAAUGCUAACUUGUCUGUGUCAGAAGCUAAGUUUUACUGAUUUGCAGUAGGGGUUUAUUCCCAGGUAAAUAGGGUUAGCAUUGCAGCCUUCCUCUCAUGACUUGGUUGGCUUGCUGAAAUAGAUAUGAUGGUUUUAUGGUUUCUUGCUUAGUAAUUACUUGCUUCUUAUGGUUUCUUACAAUUACUAUACAGUAUAGUAUAUUGUUAAAGUUGUACAUGUUUUUGGCUGAUUUCCCCCAGGCUUAUUUUCUCCUCCAGUACAGUGGUACCUCGGGUAAAGUACUUAAUUUGUUCUGGAGGUCCGUACUUAACCUGAAACUGUUCUUAACCUGAAGUUUAACUAAUGGGGCCUCCCGCUGCUGCCGCGCUGCUGGAGCACGAUUUCUGUUCUCACCCUGAAGCAAAGUUCUUAACCUGAAGCACUAUUUCUGGGUUAGCGGAGUCUGUAACCUGAAACGUAUGUAACGUGAAGCGUAUGUAACCCGAGGUACCACUGUAUUGUAUUCUGCUUUGGGAAAAUAUUGAAAGAUGAUAAACAAAUAUAUGUAAGUAAAUUUUUCAUUUCUAAGUUGCAAUGAAACUUUUGAGUGUCUUGUAAUAGACUGACAUAACUACUCAUCAAGAAACGAAUCAGCCCCCACUCCCUGUUUUUUUAGUUUUCAAAAACAGGAUAGUGUGUUUUUUAUGAUGGCAUGUUACUUUCCUUCUGCUGUUCUGAAUCUAAUGAUUGUUUAGAGCACACUCUUUUAUUUGGAAGUUUUAAAGUUUGGCAAAAAAAAAGAAAGAAAAAAAGACUGUGCCCUGCAAGCUUCUCAGCAGCAGUUUCUUUUUCAUUCAAAACGAGUUUCGAGUUCCCGUCAUAUUGGGGUUAAUUAAAAUGCAUUGAAAGUGUGUUGCCUCUCAUUGGCAGUAGGUGGCGCAGUUGUGUGGUUCUAAGGUCAUUCUCUAGUUAAAGAGACAUCCAGCUUUGCUUGGUUGUGAUUCAUUACAUUUUAUAUUUUGCCUUCUGCCCAAGAUGUAGCUCAAGACGGUGUAUGUGGGGCUUCCAGUCUUCCAUCCUGGUGGUAUCAGGACAAAGACGAACUUUGCAUUAGCAAGCUUGCUAGACUGAUCAUGUGUUUUUAGGACCAUCUCCUGGGAAUCUAGCCCAUGGGUAGGCAAACUAAGGCCCGGGGGCCAGAUCCGGCCCAAUCGCCUUCUAAAUCCAGCUUGCGAACAGUCCGGGGAUCAGCAUGUUUUUACAUGAGUAGAAUGUGUCCUUUCAUUUAAAAUGCAUCUCUGGGUGAUUUGUGGGGCAUAGGAAUUCGUUCAUUCCCCCCCCCCCAUAUAGUCCGGCCCCCAACAAGGGACAGUGGACCGGCCCCCUGCUAAAAAAGUUUGCUGACCCCUGAUCUAGCCUCUUAGCAGCAGUAUAGUAUAGUGGAAAGAUUGUGGUUGCACUCAGGUGGGAUUCCCUGUGGGAAUUCCCAUAGGUCAUCUGGUUGUCCAUAAUGAGAACAAGAGGCUGGAAAGAUUCUUGCCUUGCAGGGGGUUGGACUAGAUGACCCUUGGGGUCCCUUCCAACUCUACAGUUCUAUGACUAGGUGGGCAUGUGGCUUGAUCCAGCAGAGCUCUUCUUGAGGCAGAAAUGUUCUUGGGUUUUUCAUGUGAAUUGAGGAUGCCUUAGGAGCCUCCUCACAGGAAAACGAACUAGCUCUUAUAUAGCAAGAUGGUAGCUCCACCGAUGGUUCACUUUUUUGCCUAGUAUAGUAUAGUAAAUGUUUUGUGAAAAGUUUCAGAAAGCCCAGCUUUCACUCCUUCCCAUCUUUUGCAAGCAACAGGGAGCGGUGACAGACUCUUGGCACAUAAAUCAAUAUGAUAAGUUACUCUCCUGCCGAUGGCCGUAGUGUCAUAUUUUGGCCAACUCCUGUUUCAUUAGUUAUAUUGGUGUUCUUGGGUCCCCAAAUGUUGGGACUACAAAUACCAUCUUCCGUAGCUAUUUUUGCCAGUCAGCGAUGAUGGGAGUUGUAGUCCAACAACAUCUUGGAAUACAGGGUGCUAUAUCACAGGCAAGUCCUAUUUCCUUGGUCCAAGCAAUGCUCUGUGUUGGCAACUUCCUUUUUUAAAAAAAUGAUUUGCAUAUAGCAUUUCAGUUUCAUGCUCCAUUUACGGGGUAGGCAAGUAGCUAAAACAUGGCUGGACAACCUUUUUCAGCCUGAGGGUUAAAUCUCACUUCUGGGUUGGCUGGUUUUUUGCUUCCUUCCACUAUGCUCCUUUUCCUCCCAGGGACACCAUGUUGGAAGCCAACGCCAUACCUGAUGACACGGAGGCUUCAGUUCAAGAAAUCCCAGAAGGUCCCAGAGUGGUCCAGACCCCUCUGAGGAGCCAGCAGGAGAAGAGGAGUAUAGAAGAGAGGUUGGGAUUGUACCACACCCUGCCCAAGAGACGUGAACGCAUUGGCUUCUAUAAGGGCAGGCCCAUCUCGUCCAAAGUAGACUCCUUCCGACUGAAGAAGCCCUUGUAGGCCUGCCAUGGCUGAGUCUUCCCCUUUGGUAAGUCUUCCCUUCUCCCAGCCUCCCAAGUAUGGGUAAGGGCAAAGGGCCAUAGCUCAGGGACAGGACAUCUGCUUUCCAUGCAGAAGGUCCCAGGUGGCAAAAAAGAAAGAAGUCCAGUCGUGAGGGGUUCCUCCUGGAUUGUUAGCAGACUCUGCAUAAAUAGCUGAGCUCUAAGUGGGAAGAUCCCCUUCAUGGAUCACUGCCUUGCCUUGGCGAAGGGGCUUGAAUAACUCAGAGAAGCUAUGAGCUAUGCCCAAGAUGGACAGGUCAUAGUGGAGCGUUUUGACCAAACGUAAUCCACCUGGAGCAGGAACCGGCAAGCCACUCCAGUAUCCCUGCCAAGAAAACUCCAUGGACAAAGACAACAGGCAUAUGAGUGCCUGGCGUGCUCUGGUCCAUGGGGUCACGAAGAGUCAGACACGACUAAACAACAACAACAAGUGGGAAGAUACCGGUGAAACUAAAAGAGUUUGCUGGUUUGUGUGAGGCAUUUCUUAGGAGGGAGGAGGCAGAGAGCAAACAAAGCUGGAGACACAGUGCCUGCAAAUUACCUCCAAAGUACCUAACUAAAGUAUGGGUUCAGCUGAGCUUACCCCUGGGAAGCUGUUAAGUGUCCACCUUUUGUUCACAGGUAUACUGCCUUUUUGAAACACUUACCGCGAUGUUAUUUCAAUACAGUACCGGUAAUCAAGGUAUUCAACAGUACAGCCAAACCUCAGUUGUAAUCCGUUCCGGAAGACUGUUCAACUUUUGAAACGUUCGACAACCGAGGGGCAGCUUCUGACUGGUUGGAAGAGCUUCUUGCACUCAAGCGGAAGCCGCAUCAGACGUUCGGGUUCCAAGAAACGUUUGAAAACCGGAGCAUUUACUUCCGGGUUUUUGGCGUUUGGGAGCCGAAACGUACUAUAACGGAGGCAUUCAGGAACCGAGGUUUGACUGUAUGACGAUUUAUUGCACAGCCCUAGACAUGGCCCCUUGGUUCAAAAAAGUUCCCCUGUUAGGCUGCUGGACUAGGAUUUGGGAGAGCAAUAUUCAAAUCCCCAGUCAACCUUGAUGCUCACUGGGAAAUGUUGGGACAACAUCAGUCUCUCAGCCAAGCCUACCUCGUGGGGUUGUUGUGAGGGAAAUAUGGAGAGCAGGCCACCUUUAGCUCCUUGCAGGAAAGGUGGGCUAUCAAUGGAGCAAUUCAGUAAGUAAGUAAAUAAAACUACUCCCAUUCUCAUCCGCUUUGGGUCCAUUGCCUCCCUUAGAAGCCAACUCUUGAGGGGAAAUGAAUGUGUCCUUUAUCCACAGCCUGCAUCUCCCACAUUGCAAGAGCCAAAGUAUGUUUUGAACUGUUGGUGACAUACUGUCAGACAACUGUGCGCUGUUGUUUUUCUAAUAUAUAUUUAACCCAAAAGAACAAACAGUUCUGGCUUUUAAAUCUGUGUUGAACAGACUGCUGCAGAGCUAAACGAAAACAAGCUGGGGCGGGGACCCCCCUCCUGUCCUCAGCAGUGUGGAAUAGAGGCGAGGCUGAGGCUCACAAGAAAACAACCCUUUCCCCCUCUGAAAUGCCGGAGGUAUGUUUUUACGUCCCCUGAGGUUGUGCAUGUGCACAUUCUUUAAAGCACAUUCUUUCUUUCAAAGAAUUAUAAGCGCUGUAGCUUACCCCUUGAAGAAUGGGAACGGUAGUUUAAGGGUGCUGGGAAUUGUAGCUUUGUGAGGGGUAAAUGACAGUUCCCAGGAUUCUUGGAGUAGGAAGGAAGCCAUGUGCUUUUAAAUGAAUGGUGUGGAUGUGACCUGAAACAAUUGUCAAAUCAAUUCAUUAUAUUUGUUACCAUGACAGAAUGUUUUGUAAGCCUUGAAAAUUAGUUGAUCACUGCGUGCUUACACACACUUUUACACACACACACACACACACACACACACUACAUGGGGCUUUGCUUCUCCACUUCAGGUCCAGCUGCGCCAUUACCUGCCCCACAGGUGGGCGUAGCUUGGGCAAAAUGGCCUUGUGGGACCCAAUGGGGAGGCUUAGUGGGCAUAGCCAAGGGCUGCAGAUUCCCCACCCCUGUCUUAGCUCAUCUGAAGCCAUCUACAAGUUUCUAUUGGAAAUUUGUGCUUUGUAAGACAGGACUCUAUUCUUUUAUUUCUGGUAGUCCAUUCCCUUCAGAUCUUAUCAUUUCUCAGAUGCCUUCGUACACUUCUUUUGCUGCUGUAAACAAGUACUUUGACUUUUCUCCAUUUUAAAUUGCUCCGCAACUGUCGAGUAAUUGCUGUAUUGAUCUUUGUCUGGAAAUGUCAAGUUUCUCCAACUGUCCUUCUAGAGAAUUUUCCUGCUACAUACCGUAAUUAUCAUCUGGUUUCACUUUUGCUGCUGUACUAAACUGGCAGGAUCUUUAAAAAUAAAUAAAUCUGCAUGGGCUAAUGCAGGUAAAUCAGUAUUUGACCUUAACGGCAUUUAAAUGCUGUAUUCAUAUGUCUUAUUUUAAUUUGGCUUCUGUUUCCAUCCAAGUGUUUCUUCAAAGUAAUCAUAAAACGACCAAUUAGUACAUAGAGUGCCUGGGGAGGGGGGGGUUGUCAAGCUUUUACCUUUUACAAUCUGAAUAAAUGUUUACUAAUUACAGGUAACCCUGCAUUAAUCUCAUCUGACCUCCUGGUUAAUAUGGGAAACAACAUUCCGUUGGGCUUCGAGAUAGCUGUGAACGAGCAGAUUAAUGAGUGCUAAUGACGGUGCCGAUCUGUUGCAAAACCAAUUAACGCAGAUUGGAACGUUGUUAAAAUCCAUUUUUAAAAAAUAAAAUAAAAUAAAUGAGCUUCCUUAUCUGUCUUGUGGAAUAAAUAUGGGGCUUUGUACCUUUUUUGCAAAAUGGCAGAUAAUGAGAAGAUGUGUAAGUUAUCUCCCAUAGAACUGGAUGUUGUGUGUCAAAUUAUUGAAAGGGGUGAGAGGUUGGGAUGAACUGUAAUUGACUUGGCUAUUCUUUAUGAAGUAACAUCACUAAAUCAAAAGGGCAAGCUGCAAAUGAUUAAUAAUACUGAAACAAGCAACUGGGAGGAUCAUGACUGGAUAGCUCAGUCGAUUAGAGCAUAGUGCUGAAAACGCCAAGGAGGCUGCAGGUUCAGUCCCCGUAUGGGACAGCUGCACAGGGGGUUGGACUAGAUGAUCCUCAGGAUCCCUUCCAACUCUACAAAUAUAUGAAUCUAUGACAGCUAUGUGUUGUGACCCAUAGGUCAGCUAGGAAGCUGGACACGUCUUUUAUCUGGAUGUAUUGUUUUAAAACUGGGAGUUUCCAUAACUAUACUUGUGGGCACCUCCUCCUUUUCCACGAUCUCCUAUUUCCUACUGUGAAAGCAACAGCCUUCCCCCGCCCUCCAUGGCAUUUGCCUCAGCAGCAGCUGUUCACAGGUACAUUUGACUUGUACAUGGAAGUUCCAUUUAGAUGCCAUGGGUCAUAAAUAUACCUUUCUCCACAAAUUUGGCUGCCUCUAGACUGUCGGCAUUGUGUAGAAGGAAUUCAAGCAGACAUUGAGAAAGUUAGGUUUGUGUAAUUAAAGCACUUAGUCGCCCUACCGCGACAAUCCCGCUUAAAAAGAAGGAAAGAAAUGGAUGUUUUGUGGUUAGGAAAGUGACAGCGAAAUGUACUGGAAAGUGUAGGAAGAAUAAAUGAUUAAUAAGCUGUCUAACCACUGUGCAAGCAAAUAAGGACAGAUGCAGGAAGAAUAUUUGUUGCCUUUUAUUCUUCCCACAGAGAAAUUGGAGCAAAUGCUCAAUAAAGACUGGAUAUAAUCUAACCUCUGCAUAAGCUUUGUGCAAACAUAUCGGGAUGAACGCUUUAGCAAGCAGGUCAACUGGAGAUGCCCUUUUGUUAACCUGCUGCUUUUUACAGGCAUUGAAAUGGUCAUGUUGCAUCCUGUGGUGGUAAAUUCCAUGUUAAGUGAACCUUCUUAGAAGGAACGUAAAAUGCUAUGAGAGAAGUAAAGGUAAAGGGACCCCUGACCAUUAGGUCCAGUCGUGACCGACUCUGGGGUUGCGGCGUUCAUCUCGCUUUAUUGGCCGAGGGAGUCGGCGUACAGCUUCCGGGUCAUGUGGCCAGCAUGACUAAGCCACUUCUGGCGAACCAGAGCAGCGCACGGAAACGCCGUUUACCUUCCUGCUGGAGCGGUACCUAUUUAUCUACUUGCACUUUGGCGUGCUUUCGAACUGCUAGGUUGGCAGGAGCAGGGAUUCGAACCGCCGACCUUCUGAUCGGCAAGUCCUAGGCUCUGUGGUUUAACCCACAACGCCACCCAUGUUCCAUGAGAGAAGUAAGAUUAACUAAAACAAGAAAGGAAGACUAGUCCUACUACAGUUUCGCCUUCUCGAAAGGGUCACUGUGAGGCAUAUGCCUUUGAUCUCAAUGUGCAGUUUUUUGUUUUUUUUUAAGAUCUGCAGUGUUUUCUUUCUGCUAAACUAUUUUCUCCUCCUUCUUUCUUACAGUUCUGUUACCAGGAUUCUGGUGCAUCCGUGAAGCAAACAUCUCUUUGGAUAAAUUAAGAGCCGCAACGACCUGCCGUAUGAAAUUCCAUGCACAUUCACAAGCACCCAUAUGAACUGCAUUUUGCUCUUGUCUCUAGCAAGGUUGCUCUGGUCUCCUCCUCCUCCUCCUUGCCCUCUGCAUUCUUCUUCUUUUUGCAAACCUUGAAGCUUUCAAUGCUAAAGAAUCUUCAUAAGGCAAACACUUCCAUGUUAGAAGGAUUAAGUUGGGGCACUGAAUAUGUAUAUAACUUCUGCUGUACAAAAUGAUUCUCCUCU